CCGUUCCCCCCCGCGAGCCGUUUCCUGCCCCGGCUCGAGCCGCUCGCCCCGCGGAGCCCCCCCCAUCCCCCGAGCAGCCGGGGCCGGGCGGGGCGAAGAUGCCCGGCGGGGGCCCGGCCCAGGCCCCGGUGACGUUUGAGGAUGUCGCAGUCUAUUUCUCGCCGGAGGAGUGGAAGGAGCUAGCAGAAUGGCAGAAAGAACUGUACUGGGACGUGAUGAAGGAGAAUUAUGAGCUUGUCACCUCGCUAGUAGAUGAUGAGAUUGUGAAUGAAAGUAUGGAGGAGAAGAACCAGGAGGAAGAUGCUGAAAACCUGCUUCCAGUCAAGACCUUUUCAGUAAAACCUGAAGAGAAAGUUUCCCAAAGUUCAGUGAAGGUGAAAAACUGCCUGAGUCAGAGCAAACUCCAGACAAUGCAGAGAAACUCUGCAGGGAACACGCAAGGGAUAUCCACAAACAGCACAGCUCAGCAGAAAGCCCAGGUGACAGAGAGACCAGACACCCUUCAGGAAUGCAAGCGAAGCUGUGUGGAGAAGACAGAUCUCCUGAUACGGCAGAGGAACCACAAGAGGGAGAGGCCGUUUCCCUGCAGCGAGUGUGGGAAAUGCUUCUCUCAGAAAGGGGACCUGAAGAUCCACCUGCGAAUCCACACGGGGGAGCGGCCGUACACGUGCACUGAGUGCGGGAAAAGCUUCACCCAGAGGGGAUACCUGAAGAUCCACCUGAGGCUCCACACGGGGGAGAAGCCCUUUCCAUGCACUGAAUGCGGGAAACGGUUCCCGUCGAAGGGGGAUCUCAAAAUGCACCAGAGGAAGCACACGGGGGAGCGGCCCUUUCUGUGCAGUGAAUGUGGGAAGAGCUUCACUCGCAAGGUGGACCUCAAAGUCCACCAGAGGAAGCACACGGGGGAGAGGCCCUUUGCUUGCACGGAGUGCGGGAAGAGUUUUACUUCCAAGGGGUAUCUCAAGAUACACCUGGGACAGCACAAGGGGAAGAGGCCCUUCACGUGUCUGGAGUGCGGGAAAAGCUUCAUUUCCAAGGGCUCCCUCAAGGCGCACCAGAGAAUCCACACGGGGGAGACGCCCUUCACGUGCACCGAGUGUGCGAAGAGCUUCACCACCAAGGGCUAUCUCAAGAUACACCAGAGGCUACACACGGGGGAGACCCCGUAUCCCUGCCCCGAGUGCGGGAAGCGCUUCACCACCAAGGGCUAUCUGAAGAUACACCAGAAAAUCCACACGGACGGGACCCCCUUCAUCUGCAGUGACUGCGGGAAGAGCUUUGCCACCAUGCGAUAUCUCAAGAUGCACCAGAGGAGCCACACAGGAGAGACCACAUUCACCUGUGCGGAGUGUGGGGAGAGCUUCGCCCAGAAGGGCUAUCUCCGCAUCCACCAGCGGAUGCACACAGGGGAGGGCCUGUUCACCUGCUCUGACUGCGGGAAAAGCUUCACAGCCAAGUACCUGCGGAUCCACCAGCGAAUGCACACGGGGGAGCGGCCCUUCACUUGCACGGAGUGUGGGAAAAGCUUCACCGCAGAGGGGUCUCUGAAAAUCCACCUCAAGAUCCACAGCAGGGUGCUGCUGAGUAUAUGCACCGACUGCGGGAAAAGCUUCUCCUCCAUGCGCUAUCUCAAGGUGCACCAGAAAACCCAUUCCCAAGAGCCAGUGACGCUACCCAGCGAAAGUGGGGACGGUUUCCCAGAGAAGGCGCUUGCCACCGUCCCUCAGAAAGCCCACAGAGCAAUGAUCUCAUUUACCUGCAGGGACUGCGGGAAAAGCUUCUGCCAGAAGUCUAAUUUAAUAACGCACCAGAAAGCCCACGCGCAGGAGAGACAGGUUCUCACCCACAGGCCCAGCGCCGGCCCUGCUGCCGCUCCACCGACAUCCGUGAAGUCGCACCCAGUGAAUUUGGCUCAGGAAGUUUUAAGAGCAGGGAAAGAGCAUCUCGACCCAAAUCCCUAUCCCCUGGUCAUGGAUUUAAAGCCCAGCUUCCAGUUUGCUCUGCAGACCUGUCCACUUUCCCCAGGAGUAAAUCUAGGUGUCUCUUGAGCUCACGUGGCAGCCUGCUCCUGCUGACAAUGUAUCCCGUGUGGUUAUUGUUACCUUUUGCAUGAUGUAGCUCUGCCCAGGUUCCUCCAUUUACUCCCAAUUCCUAACCCCUAUUGCACCCUUCCAAGGUAGCUGGAUGGUACCCGGUCCUGCAGUGCCCCAGGUGGGGACUCACAGGAGCCUUACAUGCUACCACAUCCUUUGGUUUUCCUCCUCUUCUAUCCAUGCAGCAUAGCAUCUGGUCUGGCUUUUUUGCUGCCGCUUCGCAUUGAGCGGGUGAUUUCAAUGAUUUUAUCACAAUAAAUCCCACUCGCGUGCUGGGCGACUAGGGAUACUGAGCAUAGAUCCCUUCGCUCGCUUGCUUGCUCACACACUAAUUUCAUUGCACUGUGUUUCUGAUCAGUCAGUGCAGUCACCUACACAAUCCAAAUCCUUUACCACCCCGUGCCCAGAUCCGUGUCAUCUCCUCUGACUCUUUAGCAUCACGUACAAACCCUGAGCUCGGGGGCUGUAUUCAUCCCACGUAUAACUUCCUUGGAGGUACCCCGGGGUGAAUUGGGACUUUUCCUUUUCAGAAGCCUCCAUAGGAUGGCAGAGGCCAUAGAAUCGACCCUGAGCCAUGCCACUCAUCAUCCAGUCUGUUGCUCCCCGUUGAUUCCUGUUCUGGGAGUGCCGAGUGUUAGAGAAAGUUCACUGAAAACCCACGUUAACGUAACAGAUGAGCAAACCGCAGAGGCCAGGAACCAUCGACUUGUGCUCAGUGCACGGAAAGCUCCCUCCGGAGGAGAAAGGGCAGAACUUGGCAGCAAGCCCAGGCCAGAAAGGACAAAGGUUGGUUCUGGUGCUGUAAGAGCAGCGUGUGAGAAGUUCCACCUUCAGGGCCAAGGGAGACGUUGCACAUGCAGCCGUCAGAUGUAUGGGGAGGGAGAAAAGCCAGAGUCACUGAAAUGGCACUGGGGAGCCCGUGACAUUCAUCCAGUUAGGCCCCCCUUUAUUCUACAGCCGGGAAUUUGUAAGGGACCAAAGAGAGGUGGUAAACAGCAGAAGAGCUGCUGGCAAGGGCUCCAGGCUAAGUCCCUGGAGAAGGUGGAAGAGACAACAAGGAUCAUAAUAAUUACAGCUGGAAAAGAGAUGUGAGCUCAUCGAAGCGAACAUGUGCCUGAGACCUGCCCCAGCCAGCUUCCUUCAUUCCUGCAUCUGUGUUUUAGGAGGCUCUGCUUCCCCGAACACUGGGCUGGACGCAUUCCUGGGGGACACUGGGCGACUGGCUGAGAAGGAGGCGUUCUGCCCCUUUCUCAGGUUUAUUCCCACAGCAGUCGACGUUGUGCCAGGCUCCCCUGGAAAUUUGCAGUUACUAACUCUGGGCCUUAUCCAGUCAAGCAGUAACAUCUUGUAGGGCCCUGUACUGAUACAGCCUCUGGGGCUGGGGCUGGCUUUCACUCAUCCUCACAGCCAGGCCUCUCCUGGGUCAGCUCCGCAUGGCGUGUCCUGGGGCCUGGAGCUGGUGUUCAGAGGGUCGGGUGUUCUGGCUGGUGCUCAGUGUCUCUGUUCCCGAUAUGGAAAUUCUCUCGGACACGAAGCUUGUGACUUCUCACACUUCCCGGCGAAUACCUCCCAGGAGUUUUUAACAUCUGUCCCGCAGGUUCCAGGGCUUGGAGAGCUGGUUCUCCCUACUCCUUCACUGCUGCACAAAAAUCGUUCGAAGCGUCCUUGAUGUCUCCCAGUUGUCUGCACGCACCUCGGGAGCUGCCUUUGCUUAGAGCGUCUGUGGAUGUUUAUGGCUCAAGACAGCUCACGUGCUCAGGUGAUACUGGCAGGGCUGGGAGCGGGGAACUCUAGGGUUCUAACGGGCUCGGCUCCUGAUUCCCUGCGUGGCCUUGAGUCACCGCCCCUCCCUGUGCUCUGGUUUCCCUUUUGUAAAAGGCAGGUGGGGCCAGCUCUCCGGCCACA